UGAUGAUGAUGAUGAUGAUGAUGAUGAGCGUCAAGCGAUCGCGGUUGCGGUGAAUGGUUUAGAGCUCGUCGACGACAUUCACUCAACACAGACAAUCGAAAGGGACGCGGAAACCUCAACGACGUCGCUGCUGUCCACACCCUCGUCUGCACAGCCAUCACCCACAUUAACGUCAAAGAAUGAAGGUAGCACACCUGCUCUGGAGCUGCUCUCAGACACGGAUUUGAUUGUGGCAUCGCUCGCAGUGUACUCUCUGAAACGCUGGGCGGCUCUGUUCCCGUUCGCGCUUCCCACAACUUUGCAGCCGACGGCAACGACCGGUACUGCCGGCGCCGCUUCUAAUUUCCUCUCGUCGUCCACCCCGACGCUGGGUGCUGAUGGGCAGCGACACGUCUUCCGACUGGUGCUCGAAGACAUGAGCGCAAGAAGCCUGGUUAUUGCCGCGGCCUCUACCAUGGAGGAGCUCCUGUCCGACUACGAGUUCAUCCGCACAAGCAUGUCGCGGUUGGCGGGGACGAUCAACCUUCGCCGCGAACUUGUUCCAGUCGCACCACGCUUGCGAUCCAACUCUCAAAGUCGCUUCCGUUCCUCAAGCCAAGAAGAUGUACUGGCGCAGACGGAACCCGCCAUCCGCAUGCUGCUCGACGAUCCGAGAAUGUCGCGGCUCGCCAUUCCCGAUCCCGCCGACCGACGCCACCACAGAAAGCCAGAGCCCGUCAACAAUCUGUUCAUUCAUACCGUGGGGGCAUCCUCGCCCGAGGAAAGAGACGGCUUUGAUUUUGACAUUUCCAUUGAUUCGGCGGCGGAUGAGCGGCGGCGCGCGCCCAGUCGCGGCAAACGCAGCCGGGCCAGCUCGUCUUCGGCUUCUGCCACUCCGCCUUAUUCGCCCGUUUCCAUGUCAAUCCCCAUACCAAUACCCACUCUUGCGGACGCUCGCCCGUCGGCAGCACGGCACACCACUUCCGACGAGACUAUUUAUGCAUGCGGUUCAUUUGGCGACAGCGCCACCACGACCACGACCACGGGCCAGUCGAGUCGAGCCAGCACUGGCAGCAACAAGUCAUUGGGUGCAUUUUCCUUCUUUCGUCGGCGCUCCAGCACCUCGACAGAGCUCAGUGACGCACCUUUCGUCGCUGGCAAGCCAGUUCUGCGCAGCACGCGUCCCAGCCAGCCCAUUGAACCAUCCGGCUCGGUCGAGCUGUCACCACCGCUUUCCCCGCAACUGCAACUGGCGGUGGGCCAUCAUGCAGCCCCUGUUGCAACGCGCGUGACGGAGCAGGCACUGAUCGAGCUCUUUGAGCAACUCCGGCCGUACCAGACCCCCAAUCCCAACUUUGCGCGAAUGCUGAUUGACCGGUAUCGCUCGAUUGGGCCAUACGACAUUGAAAAUAAGCAUCUCGGCGCAGGUUCCUUUUCGAUUGUGCGCUUGGGCAUGCACAGGCUGCGCCAGGAGAAGGUGGCCCUCAAGUUCUUUGCCAAGGACCACAGUCAGGGCGAGCAGAUGGUGCAGCAGGAGCUGGCAAUUCUGCAGGGCUUGCACCAUCCCAGCAUUGUCACCGUGUACUCGAUUCUGGAGACUGAGCAUCACUUUUGCAUGGCUCUGCAGUACGUGCCCAACGGCAGCCUGCUCGAGUUUCUCAACAAGCACUGGUCGGUUGAGUUUGGGUGCACCGAGUCUGCCGUGCUGUUCAAGCAAAUUGUGCUUGGCGUCGAGUAUCUCCAUGCCAACGGCAUUGUGCAUCGCGAUUUGAAGCCAGACAACAUCUUGCUUGGCGCCAACAUGCGCCCUGUUCUUGUUGACUUUGGCCUGUCCAAGGUUGUUCGAGCGCCCAGCCAAGCCGAUCCCGCGGCAAGGCAUGAAAGUGUCCGCGAAAACUGCGGCACGCCAAUCUAUGCCGCUCCCGAGUUGAUGAUUGGCACGACUCGAAAUUUCCCGGCUAUCGAUGUGUGGGCGCUGGGAGUCAUCCUCUUCAACCUACUGACUUGCGAAAUGCCGUACGACUACGAGCCCAGCGUCAUGACGAUGCAGCAGCUCUACCGGAACAUCCAAUCGCAAGCGUUUGGGGCGCCGCUGUACGUCCCAAAGGAGGCAGAGCGGCUGCUGCGACGCACGAUUGUUGUCGAUCCAGAGCGACGCAUGGGAGUCUCGGACAUUCUCCAGCAUCCAUGGCUGGUCGAUACUGUGAUUACCGGAGAAGAGAGCAUGGUUGUUUCGCCUUCCGCGGCCGAAAAAGCAGCAGACCAAGCCGUCACCGAGCUUAUGGCCACGCUUGAUCGCCACGAUCAACAACAGUGGCGGCUCCUUCGUUCGGAUGAUGUCACGGCCUUUGCGCAGCGCAGCAAGGAACCCACCACUGUUGUCCGUGUCAAGUGCAAGACCAUGAUUGAAGCGUCCGCAGAGCGCGUUGUUGAUCUUGUUAGUGAUUUCCAACGACGUCGUGAAUAUGACAACUUUACAACCAGCAUCCGAGAAGUGGAGAAGGUUGGCCACCAUUGCUCGGUCUGGUACUUUAUGGAUGAGAGCGCCUUGUACUUUAACAAGGUCACGCGUGAUUUUUGCUGCGUUACCAAGCGAGUUCAAAAGGAUGGCAAAUAUGUUGUUGCGUCGACGAGCGCCACGCAUUCGAGUUGCCCGCCGAUUUCUGGUCGGGUCCGCGGAGAAGUCUUGCCAAGCGGAUGGGUCGUGGAGCCGAUUGGCGAUGGCCGCUGCUGGCUGACGUAUCUGCUCGCGUUGGAUUUGUGCGGCAACGUGUCGAGCAGUCUCAUCAAGCGUAUUCAUCAAGGCGUUCCCAUGUUUUUGGACAAGAUUCGCGAAUUGGCGAUGAGUGUUGAGCGAUAACUCGAUGAGUUGUCUUUGUUUUUUUUUUGCUUGUUUUUGUUUCUGUUAUUUAUUGCUUUCACAAGAAAUUGUGGAGGAGUGGACUGUCAUUAAAGCACAUGCCACUGGG